AUGGUCGUCGUGACUGCCAUCGCGACGUCCACGGCCUUUGCGAUGACGAGCCACCGAAUGAAUUCGAUAGUGACUCCAUUUCCACUGCGUGAUGUUGCCCAUGUGAGUGAUCAAUGUGAUGAUUGCGCUAGCCUGUUGGACGAAGAGGCGCGGCCCGGGGGCGGGCACUUCUCCCCAGUCUGGCGUUUUCGUGAAGUCAAAACGGACAAACAUCUCGAGUGUUGACCCUCCCUUCUUCCUCGCCGCCGUCCGCUCCUCGUCCCCUUCGACAGUCUUUCGAGUCGGGACGAAUGGAUCGAGUAAGUUGCAUUUCAUGGGAUGCGAGGGAUGGGCUGAACCCUGUCCACUUUGUGCUGCAUCUGGUGGCACACGUCGUCGGCGUUGUCGGCGGCGGCGGCGGCGGGCUGGGUGUCGGCUGGCCUCGUUCUGGCGGGCGACCGACCGACCGACUGACCGACGACCGCUUUUCCCGCCCGUCAUUGACCGAACUCGUGCUUGCUCUGCAGAUCUCUUUAGCCGAGACUGAGGCCCCCGUACCCGAAUCACCUCGACCGAACCCCAACGUCGUGGACCAGGCCGAGUUGGACGCCCUCAAAGUCAAAGUACGUACCCUCCUCCCCUACCCGUUUGGGAGGCUCUCAUUGCUCUGUCCCCUGGCCCAGGUUUCGCACCGCCCGCGCGCCGGCCUUCUUGUCUCGACCCGACUAAAACAGCGCACUGAUCUCGGGCUUUCGAACGCUCUCCUCGCCCAACUUGCCCGACUCCACUCUCUGAUCUUGUUGCAGUUGUCCGACGCCUCGUUUGUUAUCGAGAAGCUCAAGCAAUCGCAUCGACUCGACCUCGAUCGCGCUCAGGUCGAGAAGGAGCUCAUGCAACGACAAGCCGAAGAGCUCGCGAAUCAAUUGUCCCAAGCUCGGGCCUUCUCUGAUGUCCACGACCCGACACGACGCCGGAGGGCACCGAGCCUCCCCAACGCCCUCGACUGGUCCGUCGAUCAUGAUGUCUUCCGACGCGACGAUUUCGUCAUCAGCUCGUUCAGGACUCGCGCCGAGGAAGCCGAGUCGAGAGAGAGGGAGCUGCGCGAGGAUGUCAAAUAUCUCCAGCGAAGGGUACGUUUUGCUCUCUCUGACCAGGACUGAUAGCGCAGUAGCUAUGGAUCCAACAAUUGGCCCAUGAUGCUGUGAUACUGACCCGUUUCCAUGACUCCGGUGCGCACUCUCAGCUCAACGUUGCGACAGCCCAACUCGAGCGAUACGAGACCGAAAUGCGCAAGUCACGUGCCUCGUUCCUCACCACAGCGCCCAUCAUCGAGCAGCGCGCCGAAAUUGUGUUGCCCUCGACCGGCCGGCUACUUACACCCCCGGAUGAAUCGACACGACGGCAUAGCGCCAAGGUGAAUCGACCAGCGACGUUGGGCGAUGCCGAAGCGGAACAUUUGUUGCUGGCCGCCAACGCGCUGCGAGCGGGGAGCACGAUUCGUCGAAUACAGAAAGUACCAUUAGACAAGGCGAUCCGGAGACGGGCCAAGCAAAUUCUGCAGAUCACGAGUGAAGGACUCGAUGAAGACUUGACGGCUGCAAAACAGGCAUGUCCUCCUCGGCCGAGGGUGCACGGGGAUGAACAAGGCGGUGGUGAUGAGCCGGGGCCCUCGGCCCGUCACUACAAACGGCGCCGAACGUCCGAUGCGUCGGCACUCGAUGCCGAAGAGGAAGGGCCGCUGCAAGACUAUGACAAGAGUGACCUCGAAGCGACCGAUAUCGAAGACUAUGAACCCCUAUUCCCCGUCGUCGAUCCACCCAAACGCGUGCCUUCCGCUCUCGACGUCCUCGCCGAAGCCUCGUCGGCGGCGAGUCAAAGUCAAGGCAGCUCGGAGAAUCUUCAUCCGUCCCAGUUCAGCGGUAUCUCGUCGUCGGCAUUGGCUCCAACGGAGGUUCUGUCUGCUUUCGCGCCUCCCCCGCCGCCAGGAGGCUACCCCGGCCAUCGACGCUUCCCUUCUGGUGCCCCAAUUCUCGAACCCCCGUCCCCGCCCUCGCAGGCGCCCGCAGCGGUGGUGUUGCCCAAGUUCGAGGUCAGCGCUCAAGAACGACCUCGACAGCGUCAGCGCUCGUCGAGUUCUAUCGGAUCAAAGUCGACCUCGGUCGCCGCUGUACCCGUCCUGUACCCUCCCCCAGCCCCGUCCUCGCCCCGGCCGAUCAAAGCCCCUGCAUGGGUCAAUGGCAAACCGCGCAAACCUCGGGUCUCGAUCUCAGGGGUCAAAAAGGAACGUGCCGCAUACGUCAAGUGGAACGACCACGAGGACGAAUUGUUGAUCCGUGCUGUACUCAAGAACGGCCUUCGAUGGGAGAACGUCGCUGGGGAUGUACCUCAACGAUCGUAUCAUCAGGUUCGACAGAGAUUCUUGAGGGGGUUGAAGAGUGGGUGGACUUUACCACCUGCCUUAGAACAUUACGCGGGACAGGUCAAGAAGGUCGUGGAGGAGAACGAGAAGAAGAAACCUAGGGUCAAGGGAGGGUCCAGAGCUAGGUCGAGGGGUACGAGACUUCAUGAUGAUGAGGAUGAGGACGACUAUUCGGACCUCUCGGAUGUGAUGAGUGCCUGA